CUCUCUUUCUCUAUAAAUCUUCAAUCUCAAACUCAUCUUCAAAUCUUGACACAUCCUCAAGAGCGGAAAAAAAAUAAAAAAAUCUUUACCACGACCUAUUAACUUUUGUCUGAUCAAAAAUCUUAUAAUCGAGUAUUUUUCUUAUCUAUUACAACCAAUGGAUGGAGGCUUGGGAACGAUGUUGAUGAAGGUUGCCUUAUUUGCCCUAGUUCAAGGUUUGGUGUAUCUCAUCCUCUUGAAAUCGUCGAGGGUUUUUGCUAGAUCGAAUUCGUUGAAAAGGGCUUACAGUUUCCGACCGAUGAGGUCAGUCAGCAUCCGUCGGAUUCUGGCGGCGCUUCAGGAUAUUCCUGCUGGCGACGAUAUGUCUCCUUCAUCUAACGGGUCCUCUUCUUCUUCGCAAGAUGAGGCAGCAACAACAACAACUACAUCAUCAUCACCAUCUUAGGCAGCAACAAGAACAACUACACGGCAUUAUUUGAUUUAUUUUUCAUUUUCUUUUAGAUUGUCUCGUUAAUUUGAUGUAAGAUUCAUAAGUACUCCAUCUCUAUGUACAUAUGUAUGAUUAGUUUAGAUGUUGAUCAAUUCCAUAGUAUUAAGCGUGCCGUACGAAGUAUAGUCCAAAGAGAUUUAGCAUAAUCUUGAUUAGUAAUUUUAUAUUUAACUAAACAUAUUUAUCGAUUGAUGUUUUAUUUAUUUGAAUUUGGUGAAACAUUUACAUCCUCACCAAGCGUGAAGGGAAAUGUAUUUUUCAAUUCAAUACAUAUUUCUCAAACAAUGAUUGAUAAUUUGCAAAGGAAAUAAGACCAUAUCAGAAGAGAGAAGAAAUAUAAGAG